AUGGGAAUCAGAGCUUUGAAGGAAGUGAAUAAGGUUGCUGGUCUGAAAUUAAUAUGGAGGUUGUUAACAUGGGAUUCUCUUUGGGGGAAGUGGAUCAAAAAUAACUUACUAAAGAGGAAAUGUUUCUGGGAAGUGAAGAAGAAUACUCAGGCUGGAUCUUGGAUGUGGAGGAAAUUAUUGAAGCAAAGAGACACAGCUAAGAGGUUCUAUAAGAAAAAGAUAGGAAAUGGCAGAAGCACUUCCUUUUGGUAUGAGAAUUGGUCUUCUAAAGGGAUUUUAUUUGAGAGGUUGGGUGAAAGAGGAGCUCUAGUCAUGGGAAUAAGAAAUGAAGCAACAGUGGAAGAAGCAGUGCUUAAAGCCAGAAGAAGAAAGCAUCGAAAUACGUUGCUAACUGAAGUGGAGGCAAAGCUGACUAAAGUAGAAGAGAAGAUAAGCGAAAAUUUAGAAGAUGUGUGUCUAUGGAAUUGGGGGAGAGGUAUAUGGUUUGCGCAAGCCACUCCUAAGUUUGCUUUCUUGGCUUGGCUAGCAAUGCUUAAUAGACUUGCAACUAUGGAUAGAAUUGAGAAAUGGAGUCAAGGUGUGGUGUGGAUGUUACAUAUUUGGGAGCAUCUUAUAAAGGGGAUUCUUGGAAGAGAUUUUACUACAGACUGGUCGGAAGUUGUGGUGUUGUUAUUACGGGUUGAUAAUGACAAGAAGAGAUCUUUAUGUACUCUAUAUGCUUUCCAAACUAUUGUUCACACAGUAUGGAUGGAGAGAAACAAAAUAAGACAUGGUGAGAAGCCUUUACCUUUGGAAGUAAUGAAGAAGCGGAUUAACAAAGGAGUUAGGAACAAGCUAAGCAUAAUGAGAUUGAAAGGAGGAAAGGGUAUGGAGAAUGCUCUUCAAUAUUGGUUUAGUACAAGAGUGUAG